GACUAGUUUCCUCUAAAAAAAGAAAUUCCUAUUUUGGUUUCCAUUCACCUCUCUCUCGUCUCUAGAACGUCUGCGCACUUCAUUCUCUGCUAGCUCAUUUCUAGGUUAUAGAAGUAUUUGGGGUUUGCACUCUGCAAUUCAGCAAUCCCAGAAGAAGAGACUAUCUAGUGAGCAGCCAUGACUGACUAUUUGCAGGAGCAGGAGAUGGAAAUUGAAGCUCUAGAGGCCAUCCUUAUGGAUGAUUUUAAAGAAAUUCACUCUGGAGAGAGUGGACUUAACACUUCUAAUAAAUGUUAUCAUAUCACAAUAACUCCACAGGAUGACGAAGAAGAUGAUUCAGCCUCAAUGCCAGUUGAAUUGGCGUUAAUUUUCUCUCACACAGAAAAUUAUCCAGAUGAACCUCCGCUACUUAAUGUCUUAAGUAUACGGGGAAUACCUAUCGAAGAUCUCAGAUUUUUGAAAGAAAAGCUCAAACAAGAGGCAACUGAGAACCUUGGGAUGGCUAUGGUGUACACACUAGUUACAUCUGCCAAAGAAUGGCUGAGUGGAAGAUUUGGUCAAGAUGGUGCCAAUGAUGGUGCUGCAGAUGACGAGCAGGCAAAAGAUGAAGUUAUAAUACCACAUGGAGAACCUGUUACUGUUGAAACUUUCCUGGCGUGGAGGGAAAGAUAUGAAGCAGAGUUGGCACUAGAGCGAGCCAAAUUGAUGCCAGAUUCCGCACUUACAACAACCAAGGAAAAGAGGCUCACCGGAAGGCAGUGGUUUGAAAGUGGACGAGCGGUUGCAGCAGCGAGAGGUGCAUUGACGAGCAAGGAAGAAUCAGACGAAGAAGAUGAAGAAGACAUUGACUUUGACGAUGACGACUUUGAAGAUGAUGAAGACGACAUGCUUGAGCAUUAUUUGGCUGCUUAACAAAUGUUAGGUAUAAUGCAUUACCUUUGCUCUUUUGUCUACAUACUAAGCCAGUCAGACUUUUUGUGUUCUGUCUUCACACUGAUCAUCGGAGUAUAUAGGAGGCCAUUGCCGUCGUUUGCCAUUCUUCCAUGCGCUCUCCAUCUUAUUUGUGUCGCUUGCAUCCAUGCAGAAAGGCAAGGUUGUAAUCUUCCAUUUGUUUGUAUGGCUAAUAUAUUACUCCGAAUUACUAUAAACCAAGAGUAGGUCCAUUCGAGCUUCAGCAUAUUGUUUACCCAGCAUAUAGCGAUAUACCUUGAAUUACUUUUAUUUCUCUUUUACAUCCCAAUAAUUUAAAUUAGUGUUUGGCAUGAAUUCUUCUGCUUCUGAAAAUGUACCAACUGCCAAAAGGACAGCAGCUGAAUUUUCAGGCAAUCAGAAUCCAUAGCUUAUAAUUCUGCUGUAUAGUGUCUAAUCAUUGUUGGUAAAAAUUGUAGAAUCCAAAAACUUCAUAUCAUUUUUCAUUUUCGUCUAAGUUGAUUAAAGCUAAAAUCUCAAUUUCA